GUUAGAGGGGAGGGGGGUAAAUUCAGGAAAGUGUAAACAGACUCACUUGUGUGUGUCUCACAGGGCAGAGCGAGCUCAGGGCAGACAGUCACCCACUGACGCCCACCCAAAGCCCGGAGGCAACCGACAGGAGACCCCCUGGUAGCCCGCCGACUCGCCUGAUCAUGGACGCUUCCCUUUUUGUCUUCUGCUGCUCACUUGUGAUCUCAGUGGCACUCGGAUCUGAGGAUACAUAUGAACGGCCGGACCCUUUCAACUAUGAUUAUACAUCUCUGAGAAUCGGUGGCCUCACCGUUGCCGGCGUUCUCUUCGUCCUGGGAAUACUCAUCAUCCUGAGCAGAAAAUGUCGCUGUAAAUUCAACCAACAUCAAAGAACCGGGGAGCCUAUAGAAGAGGAAGGAUCUUUCCGAGCCUCCAUCAGACGUUUAUCCACCAGAAGAGUAUAAUUUACAGUGAGAUUUUACCGUUUCUUCCAAAUUUGGCCUUAAUGCUCCCAUAUAAAUGUGUUUUCAGUGGUCUAUGCAGGACUUCCUCCAGGAAAGGGGGAGGAGUCAUGACUACCUGAGCCGAUGUCAUGUGACCACAGAGAUCACGCUAGGUUCUUCUGUGUGGCUCUUGAAGAUGUGUUCAUGUGACAUUGGUCUGUGGUCGAGGAUGGGGGUGGAGGUUGUCCCUGAUUCAUACGCCACUGUGCAUCGGUCCAGCUUUACACACAAGAUCCAGAAGGGAAGAGCGCCAUUUACAUCAUGUGACCUUCUAGAUAUCACCAGGAUCCACAUAGCGCACCUUAUACGUCAUCUGCCUUAUGGUCUACAUAUGUACAAUUGUGUCCUCCUUUACUUAUGGAAAGUCUCACCCGACGCGUUUUUUGGCUCUUUCUUGCCAAAUAAUAAGCUUUAAAAGCCUCCCGCCGAGUGCUAAUCAUAUAACACUUCUGUCUGUUAUAAGCCAAAUUGUGAUAUAUUGUAUAUAAGAAGAAGUCCUAAGAUUUGGAGUAAUAUAUAAAUAUAUUAAUAUAUCCUUAUCAUAAGAUAUCCUCAUUACACAUCUGUAUAUAGAAAAUAUAGAAAAAAAUUACAUGUAAUCCCCCAUUUCGGAGUCUUCCGACCAAAUAUAUUAUUACCGAAUGCAGGAAAAGUCGAGCUUUACUGUUAAUGCACCGACCUGUAGGAAUAAAAUACACUUUUUUGGAAUAUU